GACGUGUGCUCUUCCGAUCCCCGAACUGUAAUUACAAUGAUAUAACAGUAAUAUUAUCAGUAAUGCAAUAAAAAUGAAACGCACGUGGUCCGUUAUCGUUCAAUCGUGUAUUCUAAGAUAUCAUAGCCUGCAGCCAGCAAAACGUGACAUUAGCACAAUGGCAAAUCCACUAAUUGCAGUGUGUCAGAUGCGAUCAAUAUCUGAUAAAGUGAAAAAUUUGGAAGUUGUCACCACAUUAGCAAUGGAAGCCAAACGUAGAUCAGCUGCAAUAGCAUUCUUUCCUGAAGCUUGCGAUUACUUGGCAGAAAAUAAGAGAGACAUUGUUGCCAUGGCUGAACCUUUGACUGGGCAGACAGUGACAUCUUACAAAGAAAUUGCUGCUAAAAAUAAUAUCUGGUUAUCCUUAGGUGGAAUUCAUGAAGCUUUGCCAGAUGAUGCACAGAAGAUUCAAAACACACACAUAUUAAUAAAUAAUGAGGGACAAUUGGUAGCUGCAUAUAGAAAAAUACAUUUGUUUGACAUGGACAACAAGGAUACUGGAGUACGUCUGAUGGAGUCAGACUAUGUUCUGAAAGGAACCGAAAUUGUACCACCCGUGUCUACACCGAUCGGCAACCUCGCACUCAGUAUUUGUUAUGAUAUGCGGUUUCCCGAGUUGUCCCUGACCCUGCGCAACAUGGGGGCACAGAUCCUCACGUAUCCUUCGGCCUUCACGUAUCAGACUGGUGCCGCACAUUGGGAAGUGAUGCUGCGAGCACGAGCCGUAGAGAAUCAGUGUUACGUCGUAGCCGCGGCCCAAACUGGCGCGCACAACAAGAAAAGAGUGAGUUGGGGCCACGCCAUGAUCGUAGAUCCUUGGGGAGCCGUUGUGGCACAGUGUGCUGAGAAAACGGGUAUAGCUACGGCAGAGAUCGAUCUCGACCUAUUGGAGAAAGUUAGAAAAAACAUGCCAUGCGAGGAACACCGUCGCACCGAUUUGUAUUCUAAAAUGGAAUGUCAAAAGCCCAUUUAACAUAAUUCUACGCAAGGAUUUGCAUAGAAUAAAUAUGAGAUGUAAUAUAUUUAAUUAUAUAUAUCGCAAUUGUUCUUAGUGUAUAGAUUUAUAUAUUUGAGAUACAAUAUAUAACAAAUCAUUAUUCU